GGCUUUUGCGUUUUUUUGUGACCAACGGCGACCCGUAGUGACGUCACCUCAUAGAAAUCGUCAAGAGUGGCAAGAUGGCUACGGAACCAAAUAAGACCGAGAUCCUGAGCAUUUUUAAACGGUUAAGAUCCGUCGCUACGAACAAGGUAUGCUUCGACUGCGCGGCCAAGAGCCCGAGCUGGGCGAGCAUCUCGCACGGCGUGUUCUUGUGCAUCGACUGCUCCGGCAUCCACCGCUCGCUGGGCGUGCACCUCAGCUUCAUCAGGUCCACUGAGCUAGACUCCAACUGGAACUGGUUCCAGCUCAGAUGCAUGCAGGUCGGAGGCAACGCCAAUGCGACGGUGUUCUUCCGCCAGCACGGCUGCUCCACCAACGACACCAACUCCAAGUACAACAGCCGUGCGGCGCAGCUGUACCGGGAGAAGAUUCGUCAGCAGGCCAACGCCGCGCUGUCCAAAUACGGCUCUGAGCUCUGGAUCGAGUCCUCUGCAGGAAGCGCGCCUUCAGCUCCCGAGAAGAAAGAGACCGACUUCUUUGAGGAACUUACACAGACUGCGGAUGACUGGAGCGCGGCGCCGCCCGCCGGGCCGGAGCAGAACGGAGCCGCCGUCACCUCGCAGCUGCCGGACGGCCCGGCCAGAGGCCACGAUGACACCCGACUGCAGGAAGGACCGAGCAUCGACUGUCUGAGCACGUCGCCCACAGCCGCCCUCGAUGUGAAGGCCUCCAUCAUUGGCAAAAAGAAGCCCAUGACGGCCAAGAAAGGGCUGGGGGCCAAGAAAGGUCUCGGUGCCCAGAAGGUGAGCAGCAAGAACUUCUCUGAGGUGGAGAAACAGGCGCAGGUGGCCGAGAAGAUGCGAGAGGAUCAGGUCGCCGAGGCCAAGAAACAAGCCGAGGAGUCCAUCGUGGCCUCCAUGCGUCUGGCCUACAAGGAGCUGGAGAUCGACAGGAAGAUGGAGGAGAAGAAGAUCCAGAGCCUGGAGGGCAAGAAGAGGGAGCAGGCGGAGAGACUGGGGAUGGGCUUCGGCAACAGGAGCGCCGUGUCUCACUCCGUGAUGUCGGAGAUGCAGGUGAUCGAACAGGAGACCCCCGUGGGAGCCAAGUCCUCCUCCUCUCGCUCCAAGCUGGACAUGUUCGAGGAGCCGGGUUUCACCUCCGGACCCCCGAAGUACAAGGACAACCCGUUCACAGUGGGGGACAGCUUUGGAUCCCGGUGGGACACCGAGGGAGGAACCGCCUCCUUCACCACCUCCUGGGCUCUGGAGAAGGAGGACCCCAAAGAGGAGGUCACCAUCUCCAGCAUUCAGCCCAUUGGAGAGAGACUUCCCAGCAGGAGGAAAGCCGACGUGUCGCCCCCGGUGUCCGAGUCCAGCGAGGCGCGGCAGAAGUUCGCCAACGCCAAGGCGAUCUCCUCCGACAUGUUCUUCGGCCGGGAGAGCAGCGCCGAGUAUGAUGCAAAGACCCGACUGGAGACCAUGUCGGGGAGCACCUCCAUCAGCUCAGCCGACCUGUUUGGGGAGGGGAGCGACAACAAAGGCAGGGCUCCGGGCUUUGACAGCGUGCUCCCCUCCGGCCCCGACAUUGCACAGUUCAAACAGGGAGUGAAGACUGUAGCGGGCAAGAUGGCCGUCCUGGCCAAUGGGGUCAUGAAUACCAUCCAGGAUCGUUACGGCUCCUACUGAUGGGCGUCGGCCUAAAGAAGACGAGCUGACGAUGAAGAAGACGAGCUGACGAUGAAGAAGACAAGCUGACGAUGAUGAAGAGCGACGGCCUCCUGACGGACUGCAUUUGGGCGAGAGAGAGACGGGGAGAGAGAGAGAGAGAGAGAGGAAGCGUUGCAUGAGGACUCGUCCUCUCUCGUCCUCGUCCAGAGACACUUUACAGGAGACAGUAUUUUCAUAAAGGAAACAUCAAAGGGUGUAGUUUUGUUUUCCUUUAAGUUAUGUUGGUCUUAGAUUUCACAGUCAAUUCUACAUUUUAUUCCUUAUACAUAAAUCAAAAUGUUUUUGAUUCAAAUGUCUUUGUUUUGUUUUUGUGAUAUAUAAAAAAAAAAAAAGUGCAGGAUAUAUUUUCAACGUUAAGUUCAACAAGAAUACAGAAGUUUUGCAUUUUAAUGUUCCACAUCUUUUUGUUUUCUAUUCGUUGACACGUUCAGACAGCUGGAAAUAUGCCCGUCUGUCUGAGUGAGAGUAUAUAUUAUAUUGUACAAACAGUGGAGCUGCUCGUUAUUUAUUAUCUAGGUUUUUAAACGCCAUUUAAAUAAAGUCAUUUAAAGCUUUGAAGCGUGAAGUCCCGGCUCACGUAACUAAAUCUUCCCCCUGGUUGAACCUGAAGUCUGAUUUGAUGUCCCUCGGCCCCGCCUCCUGUCCCUCAGCUCCGCCUCCUCACUUCCACCUCCUCUCCCUCAGCCCUCCUCCAGCCCUGACUCCUCCCUCAGUUCCGCCUCCUCUCCCUUAACCCACUCCUCCUCUCUCUUCCACCUCCUCUCCCUCAGCCCUCCUCCCUCAGUUCCGCCUCCUCUCCCUCAGCCCUCCUCCAGCCCUGACUCCUCCCUCACUUCCACCUCCUCUCCCUCAGCCCCGCCUCCUCUCUCUUCCACCUCCUCUCCCUCAGCCCUCCUCCCUCAGUUCCGCCUCCUCUCCCUCAGCCCUCCUCCAGCCCUGACUCCUCCCUCAGUUCCACCUCCUCUCCCUCAGCCCUGACUCCUCCCUCAGUUCCGCCUCCUCUCCCUCAGCCCUCCUCCCUCAGUUCCGCCUCCUCUCCCUCAGCCCUCCUCCAGCCCUGACUCCUCCCUCAGUUCCACCUCCUCUCCCUCAGCCCUGACUCCUCCCUCAGUUCCACCUCCUCUCCCUCAGCCCUGACUCCUCCCUCAGUUCCACCUCCUCGGCAGUUCAACCUUUUAUUUUGAAAGGCUGACGUCUUCAGUUUACAUUCGUUCUCCGUUAAAAGGCGGUUUGAGAGCAGAAAACCUUCAAAGCCAACGCGUUCCCAACAGACUUCACAUUCAACCAGUUCGUGUCCUUCAACAGACCAUAAUAACCACAAUGUUCCCCCAGCGCGAUGAAACAGAAGAGAAACACGAGCUGAAACAUUCACAACUAUUUAUUAGUAGGCUACGAACAGGAAGCGUAUUCAGUACGUUAAUAAAGAUUUAAAAACC